AUGGAUACCAUUCCAUGGAUCACCUAUGAUUCCUCCCAUAGAGGGAAUGUAUUGACGUAUCACAAGCCGCCUCAGCAUGUUACCAAGAACGUUAGGGAUAACGCUAAACCAUCUUACAUCACCUUUUUGGGGAAAAGAUCCAAGGCAAUACUUCUAGAUCAGAUACUAGGGAGCAUUGUAGAUGUACCUGUUCAUAGGCAAGUAUAUCUUUGGUGUUCGCCACGCCUGCGAAGCGGCAGUACACCCAUCGUUGUCAUCGACUGUAACGUCCAAAACACGACUAUACCGGAUCCGACCCCCGUCCGUCAGACAAGAGAUGGGACAGUCUUAACAAUUUCCAAUACCAACAACAUCGGCGCCACUUUAUGUGGGAACAUCUUCUCGCUGUUUUCGAGUGUGAUCUGCUGCUUUGUUGAUGAUCUUGGCGGCAUUAGAGCUGUCGCCGACUGGCUUGCUGAGCAGCUAGUUGCGAUGCCGGCAUCCGACUCGCGCAUAGUACCCCGCAUCUUGUUAGUCAUCGAAACAUCUUCUGAAUCAUUCGAUGAGAUCAUAGCUGCCAACAAAGCUACAAACCUUGUGAUUGCCGCUCUAGAAGGCAAAAAAGACUAUUCGAAUGCGCAACAUGACACGAAGCAGCGUCUAGGCGAGAUCAAUGCCCUAGGGUUACAGUCUUCGAAGCCCACUGCUGUUCGUGCACAAGCGUUAAAGCGACGUUUAAUAGCACUAUCUCAAACUGCGAUGAGCGAACGAGCCAGCUCUCAUCUGCAAUUUAGCUUCUCACACUUUCAUAACAUAUCCCUGGGAAUUUUGCGCUGGCUUUGCAGUGAAUCCCCAACGCCGUUCAGCCUUGUCGACGCGACUAGGCCCAUUGGAUUUUCGUGUGAUCUCCUGCAACCUUGUAUAGAGGAUUUUCUAAAUCAAAUGCCCUCUCAAGCUUGGCUGUGGCAUUUUGCAGCACCUCUGAUAGCAUCCGCUCUGCUGCUCGCUAGCUACCCUCCCGGUGCACAUAAAUGCCUUUUCAAUAAGAUCUACUCUGCACCCUGCCGUGCCGCAAUAUCUUCAUAUACUCUCUUCCCGGGUAUCCAGACGAAGUUUUUGACUGCAAUACUUAACGAGUUCUGUGCCAUGUUCGCUGACUAUGCAGUUAAUGGCCUAACCUCUCGAGAAUACCAUCGGAAAACUCUUACACUUCAUCAUGCUCAUUUAGCUGAAUUCAAAAGCCAUCGAUCCUGCUUUAGUUGUUUUAUGCGGAUGCCUGAAAAAGUCUUACCUUGCGGACAUGCUCUCUGCGAUCCUUGUAUUAGGGCUUUAGGGGUACGCUCGCAUAUCGACAAAAAUACCUACGAGAUUCCCGAGUGCAUCCUAUGCGGGGUUAACUACCGCAACUCAAUAUUCCGCUUUAUACCUCCUACUGCAGGAAUACGAAUCCUUAGUGUAGAUGGCGGGGGUGUAAGAGGCGUUAUUCCGCUAGCUUUUCUUAAGCACCUUGAUUCGCUACUCGCCCCAUUUUGUUGUUCAGUAAAAGACCAUUUCGAUUUUGUUUGCGGCACAUCAGCAGGUGGACUUGUAGUAAUUGGCAUGUUCUUGCUACAAUGGAGCGCAUCUGAAUCGUUAGAAAAAUUUGAAGACGUGGCAAGUAAGACGUUUGGGAGGCGGAAAGCACUAGUUACGAGAGCCCUCCAGUUAUUUAUGGGCUAUAUUCAAGAUGGUCAAUAUAGUUCAGCAGCGAUUCAGGAUGCUUUUAGGAAAGCUCUCAACUCGCCGCUCCAGAUGUUCAAUCCACUAAGGAACGAUACCAAGGUUGCUGUCACAACAACAACAGUCAAAGACUCCUUGCCUUGGCUAUUCACAAAUUAUAAUGGUGGAAAGAGAUCUAAUAAUAUAGGAUAUGAUGUUAUCCGAGCUUAUAGAGCUGAGAGUGAUAUUACUGUGAGCGAUGCUGCAUGCUGUACCUCUGCAGCGCCGUGGUUCUUCAAACCCCAAGUCGUACAGUCACUGGGAGCUUUUCAGGACGGCGGACUGCAACAUAAUAAUCCAGCAAGCAUUGCACAAUGGGAAAUGCAAUUUUUAUGGCCAAAUAAACCACAACCAGACUUUGCGCUUUCUUUAGGAACAGGGACCUCAUUACCUGCUGCAGUUAGCAAGUCUCCAACGAUAUCGCGCUUUUACAUACGGUUGUUUAAAAGUUUUAUGCGUAACCUUGACGGAGAAGACGCAUGGAAGCGAUUUUUAAAUUCAGUGUCACCAUGCGUACGGCAACGCUUUCAUCGUCUCAAUAUUAGACUUGCUGGCCCUGAACCUAGUCUUGACGAUACGGUUGUAAUACCAGAACUGAAAACUAAGGUAGAGCAAACUAUCGUUGAAGAGAGACCACUGAUAUCCAGCAUUUUCGACUCUAUGAUAGCGUCCAUGUUUUACUUCGAGUUGGAUGAUCUGCCGACACUUGGGGACGCCGGUUACAACUGCAAUGGAUUUAUAUUCUGCCGAAUAGAUAUCCCGUCAGAUGGUCUCCGCUAUUUGUACAAUCGCUUACUUGAUACCAAGUCAUGGUUCUUGAUCCAAGGUAGUCCAAUGAGUUGUAUUCAGAACGGGUACAUACCAAAAAGCCUACCACCUUUUAAGCGCUAUGUCAGUUUCCGGGUGGAAACUCUAGAGGAGACAAUAACAAUAUCGAUCCGUGGUAUAACGUCAAAGACUUUGUGCCUAAGUGGGUUUCCUACUACAGUUCAGAAACUUAUCGAGGCUCAACAACUCAACAGCCCAUUUGGAACUGUCGAUCAUACCGUGAAGGAAAAACAACUCCCUGCUAUUCCACAGAAGCGCUCUAGAGAUAGCCCACAGUGGGUUACACGUAGUAUGAAGAAGGCUUGUAUUUAG